UUGCAAGUUUAACAAAAUACAAACACUAUUAUUUACAUGUAGACACUAGACAGUGACGUGUGUUUUGCCCCGUACCCCAAAUCCAGCGGUGGCGGCGAGUUGGGCCAAAUCGAGAUGAUAACAGUUUGUGAAUAACAACCGCGACAACUCAACCCAACGCCCCUCCCCAAAAUAGAAGCCGAAUCAUCGUCCUUUUUUGUCCGGUAGCGGCGCCUCUUCGACACCUCCGCCGUCUCCGUGACAACUCCUCCGCCCCCCACCGUCGCCACGCCCGCCGCUGCGGGUCCCACCUCUCUCUUAUAAACCAUAAAAUAAAAAAACCGAAAUUAUCGAAGAAAAGAAGGAGAAAGAAAAAGAAGCCAAGAAUAUGCUUUACUCUUCUCUGUAAAUAUACUUCCUUUUCUUUUCUCCCUCUCUUCAAUCCCUUCCUUUUUCUCUUCCGCUUGUUCCGAUCCUUUUCUUUGUUCUCAACAACGUUUACUCUCUCCGCUGCCUUCCCCCACCCACCGCCGUGAUAAAUUCUGUCGGUUAUCAUUUCAUUUCCAGGAAUCUUUUCUUUCUUUUUCUCCUCUGGUAGUUGAGCGGACAUGGAGCUUUUUCAGGAGCUCGUGCUCACCUUGCUUGUGGCAGUUCUCUCCUCUUUUCUCAUCGCCAAAGUCGUCUCUAAAGCUACCGGCGGCAGUUCCGGUCAAGCUGACGAUUCUCCCGAGGCCGCUUCCCCUGCCCGAAGCCGUGAUCAGAAGGAUUCGGGAGACGUGAGUGAAGAAGUUAUCAUGGAGGAAUUGAAUUACGCAGGAAAAUUGGAAUCUAGGGGUCUCGAGAGCGAAGGAAGAGUCGAGUUUGUUGCUGAAUCGGUGGAUAGAGUUGAGGAAUUCGUUGGAGAACCUGCUCCGAUUGACGAGGAAAGGAGCGGAAAUGAAUGCCGUGAAUUGACUGGGGAAGUUGUUCCGACAGAGGUGGAGCAGAGAGGAGAAACUGAAAUCGUUGCCCAAGAGGCGAAAGAAGGUGAAGCGGUUGAGAUGGAAUCAGCUCAGCCGCCUGAGGAAAUUACCACAGCGGCGGCGGAGGAAUCGACCGAUGAAGUUGCUGGAGGUGAGAAAGUGGAGAUUGAGAUAGACGAUGAUUGGGAAGGGAUUGAGAGGAGCGAUUUGGAGAAGGUGUUUGCCAAGGCAUCCAAAUUCGUGGAGUCUAGAUAUGGGGAAGAGAAGUUAGCAAGCGUGGGGAGUGAUGUGCAGAUGGAGUUGUAUGGUCUUCACAAGCUUGUUACUGAAGGGCCUUGCCAUGAACAGCCGCCAAUGGCGCUCAAGCUCUCUGCUCGUGCCAAAUGGAAUUCGUGGCAAAAGCUGGGUAAUAUGGAUCCAGAAGUGGCGAUGGAGCAUUAUGUCACUCUUCUAUCCGAAAAUGUCCCACGGUGGGCUGAAGAAAAAUCUAUUGGAGAUGAUGAUGCAGCCCCGUCAUCUGAGGUACUAGAGUCCGGUGAUUCAGCUGCAGACAUUUCCUCACCUGCAUCCCAUCACCCUAACUACCCUUACGAACGUGGUUCCGAACCGAAGCAUGGUUACGAGACGAGUGAGCCAAUGAGUGGCGACUCAGAGGUCAAGAAUACGGUAUAGGCUCCAAAGCAACGCACACUGCUAACUUCCAUUUCAUUAACACGGCAUAUUCAGGCCACCAACACCUAAUCUGCUUCCAACCACAAUUUCCAGUUGCUGCUGCAGUGCUGCUUGAUCUUCCACCGACACUAAUUUUUCGUCGGGAAAAGGGGCUUCUUCAAGUUAAGUGCCUCAAUCAAAAAGUAGUCCAAGUACGGGUUUCUCAGCUGUCUCUAUUAUGCAUACGGUAAUUUAUUUCAUGAUCCAUUGUCAUCAUCCCCCUUAUGUUUGCUUGACAAAGAAGAAAGAUAGGAUUGUGGAAUGCAUUCUCCAUAUCUGCUGCAUGUGUAAAUAAUUAUCAUGUAUAUGAACUAUGAAGUGAACUAAUCUGUCCCUCUCUAUGUAUAUGAAAGAAUAUGUUGUCAUCAUCAGAUUCAUCCACCAUGACAAAAACGAUGA